UUAAAAAUUCUUCCAUUUCACUCAGCUUGAAAAAAUCAUCAUCUACAAUAGACCCUUUUGGCUUAAAAUUUGUAGUUUGCUUAUCAUCAUGCUCCUUAUUGCUAUCACUUUCUUCUUCAUCUUCUGAAAAUUCUAGUUCAUCAUCAUCUGACUCAAUACGAACUUCUUGUUCUUUUUGCAAAUCCUCAUCUUGCUCCAAAUUCAAAGACUCAAAAACCAACUGAUUUUUAUUAACCAACAAGCUACUCAAAUCCUUAACAACUCCACCCAUAACGUCAUCGUUUUGUAGUUCGAUUUGUUGCCAGAUUUGUUCCAAAUCGAAAUCCUUUACAAUUAAUUUGUUUAAGGAUUUGCCUUUUGGUUCGAGUUUUUCAUUUUUCGUGAAAUCGUACACGUUUUUGAUGUUUGAUUUCAAAUUUUCCGACUCGGAUUUGUUUAAACUGAGAAAACUUGCCGGAUUUUCGGUGAUUUGUGAAAAUGUCUUUAGUAUGGUGUCCAGUGAAGGGUCUGCCAUUGCAAAACAAUCAAAUUAUCCGUAAUUUUUGUUUUAAUUUCACUUUACAGGCACAAAACAUACUAACACAUGUUUAUUUGUUUUGAUUUUUAAGUGAGGUUAUGUUAUGACUGCUUGAACUGUGAAAAACUAUAUCCGUCAAUAGAGGGCGCUCGCACAAAUUCUAUUUUAUCAGGAAGAUUAUUAAUUUUUAGUAAAGCAAAUCGCCUUUUCAACCAAUAAAAAUGCCUAAUUAAUAAAAAAUAAUAAUUAAAAUCUACUUAUUUAAAAGAAACUCAUGAAAAAAUUACAAAUAAGCAGUUCAACACUGUUGCCAAAUUUCAAUUCUAAUUGAUUCUUUCAACAGUGUCAACUGUCAAGAUUUUCCCGCUUAAUCUUGACCUACCAUCCCAUAACCAGACAUUUUCAAACUGCGUCUUUUGUCGUCUUUUUUGAUAUACUACAAAAUAUUUGUUGUUGUAAUUAUUUGGGGCUGAAAAGAUCCUAAAUUCCUUGUUGUUUUAUUGAAGAAUCGAUACAAAAUGGAUUUGCCUUUUCGUGCCGAGUAUUCGAAAAGCAACCGGGCUAAAUGCAAGGCAUGCAAAACCCCCAUCUCCCAAUCGGUGCUACGUAUGGCUACCAAGACUCAGUCUGCUUUCUUCGAUGGCAAACAAACAAACUGGUUCCACUUCGAGUGCUUCUUCAAGAAGCAAAAAGUCAAGACUACGGACGACAUCGAACAUUUCGAAUCCCUGCGCAUAGAGGACCAGGAUCGCAUCAGAACCCACGUCUCAAACGUUUCAGUCAUUUUGCCUGCCGCCAAAGGCAAAAAAAGAACCGCCACUGACAAGGAGGCCGAAAGAGCCACAAAGGCCGCAUUGAAAGAUUUCACUAUACAGUAUGCUAAAAGUGGCCGCUCGGUUUGUUGCGGCUGUGAACAGAAAAUAUUAAUGAAUGAGGUGCGUGUUGCAAAAAAAGAUUACGACUCUGAAGUAUCUCUCAAAAUAGGUGGUGGUACUGAUAGAUGGUACCAUUUAACAUGCUUUGCGCAGCUGCGUUCCGAAUUGGGUUACUAUGAAAGUGCCACCAAAAUCCCUGGUUAUAAAGGUCUUGAUAAGGCGGAUCAGCAAGAGGCUGCCAAAGCUUUGCCUGCAAUUAAACAAGAAGAAGUUGCAGUUAUUGCUAAAAAAAUCAAGCUGGAUGUUGAAGAGGAUUUGCUGGACAAAGAAUACAGAGAGCAAAACAAAAUUAUGUUUAAACACAGAGAUGCGCUUAGUACAUUAAAGAAAAAUCAACUAGUAGCAUUGCUCAACUACAACAAACAAGAUAUACCUGAAGGUACCGAAAGGAUGCUGGAUAGAAUCAGUGAUUUGAUGACUUUUGGGGCUUUGAAAAGGUGCAAAGAGUGUCAAGACGGUCAACUGGUUUUCCAUAAGUUGGGCUACACUUGUACUGGAAAUUUGAGCGAAUGGGCUAAAUGUACUAAUGUCACCAAAGAGCCUGAAAGAACCAAAUUUCUAGUACCGAAAGAUUUAAAAGAAGAAUAUGCUUUUUUGAAGAAUUACAAAUAUGUUGCUAGAAACAGGGUUUUUAAAGAUGUCAAUCCUACAGUCCCUAUUAAGAAGGAAGUUAAAGAUGAAGCUGAUGGAAUGCCAAGAAUCAUAAGAGUCAUGCCGGCCUUGUACGAAAUGCAAUUCGUAAUCUUAGGCAAGCCUCAAAGAGGCAAAGACGUCUUGAAAAAAGACAUCCAAGCCCUAGGUGGUAAAGUAGUAACAAAAAUCUCCAACACUGUUAUGGCUGUAAUCGGCACCCAAGAAAUGGUGGAAAAAAUGCACGCUCGAAUCCGGGAAGCCGAAGCUGAACAGGUGCACAUUGUCCCGGAAAAUUUUGUUGAUGAAGCUAAAAAUAAUACAGGCAAGAUUCCGGAUUUGGUCAUCAAGAUGAGUAUUUGUACUUGGGGUUCGGAUCCCGCUACUCGUUUGCCUCCUGAAGGUUCUAAAAGCCUCAAAUCCAAGUCUAAGAGUCGGUUCACAAGCAACGUGCCCAGCAAGAUUAAGCUGAAGUUGAAAGGUGGCACCGCUGUAGAUCCAGACAGCGGCCUGGAAGACAUCGCCCACGUCUACGUAGACCGAGAAAAAGCGAAAUGGAGCGUCGUUUUGGGCCUGACCAACGUCCAAGACAACAAAAACAGCUUCUACAAGCUGCAACUUCUUCAAUCGGACAAGGGCGAUCGGUACUGGAUUUAUCGCGGAUGGGGCAGGAUCGGUACCAUAAUCGGAGGUAACAAAACUGAACAGUUCAGUUCACUACACGACGCCCAAAGAUGUUUCGAAGAAGUCUAUGAAGAUAAAUCCGGCAACCCUUGGGAAUACCGUGAUCAGUUCAUCAAAGUCCCGGGCAAAAUGUACCCAAUCGAUGUAGAUUACGGUACAGACGAACCGGAAAACUUGGACAUUGUAGAAACCGAUUCAAAACUACCCCAACAAGUCCAAAACCUCAUCAGACUAAUAUUUGAUGUGAAGCAAAUGGAGAAAUUAUUGCUGGAGUUUGAGUUGGACACUGAAAAAAUGCCUUUGGGCAAGCUGAGCAAAAACCAAAUCCAACAAGCGUUUGUUGUAUUGUCCGAGCUACAAAACAUGAUUGACAAAAAAGUCCCAGAUGUAAAAUUCAUUGAAGUAACCAAUAAGUUUUACACAUUAAUUCCACAUAGUUUUGGUGUGGACGAAGUCCCAAUUUUAAAAGACAAAGAAGUGAUUGCAAAAAAACUCGAAAUGCUUAACAGUUUAAUGGAAAUGGAAAUCGCUUAUAGCCUAAUGAAAUCUUCAGGCGCUGAACACACUGUAGACGCCUACUACAAGCAACUAAAAACAGACAUAGAUGUCUUAUCCAAAGACUCAGAAGAAUUCAAAAUUAUUCACGAAUACGUCAAAAACACUCAUGCAGCAACUCACGCCAGCUACGAAUUAAUUCUUGAAGAUGUUUUUGUUGUGAAACGUGAAGGCGAAGAAAGACGUUACAAACCAUUUAAGAAGUUGCCCAAUCGCAAACUGCUCUGGCACGGUUCCAGGACUCCUAAUUUUGCCGGAAUUUUAUCACAAGGUUUACGUAUUGCGCCACCUGAGGCACCAAUGACUGGUUACAUGUUUGGAAAAGGAAUCUACUUUGCCGACAUGGUGUCGAAAUCUGCUAAUUAUUGUUGCACCAAUCCGAGUAAUCCGACUGGGUUGUUGUUAUUGUGCGAAGUUGCUUUGGGAAAUAUGUGGGAAAAACUCCAAGCAAGUUAUGUUGAGAAGCUGCCGAAAGGGCAUCACAGUGUUAAAGGUGUCGGGAAAACUCAUCCGGAUCCAGGUUUAGUGAAGAAGUUGCAUGACGCUGAGGUGCCGAUUGGUAAAGGAGUUCCAGCUCCGAAUUCUGAUAGUAGUUCUUUGCUUUACAACGAGUAUAUCGUUUACGAUGUUGCUCAAGUCAACGUCAAGUAUUUACUGAAAGUAAAAUUCAACUAUCGUUUCUAAAUUACAUACUUUAUUUCCAUUGUAUUGUAAUGUUGUCUUCAAUACAUAUAAGAGUUAUUGUUUAUUUUUUUGUAUUAGAAUGUAGUGUUUCUUUUUGUAUUUCCAUGUAAGAAUUUAUUGUUACUUUUUUUUGUAUACCUAAUCGUUAGAAUGUAGUGUUUAGUGAAUCUGUAAUACCUAGUUUCGUCUUUUUUUUUUUUAAAUAAAUUACAAAGUUAAAGGUCUAAUUAAUAGAACGUGACAUAGGGUACCUUUGAGUGGAGUAAUUUCUUUUUGUCUGGGAUUGAUGGAAAUAUUGAAACGUCACAUUUCAAAUUUGAUAAUGCAAUAUUAUAGAGGAGAAAAACUGGCAACAAUUAAGUGUCAUUUACAUUACUGUCUGCUCUAAGUUACAAUAAACAUAGUUUUCAAAAGGGUUUACACUAUUUGCACACCACACUGUAUUCUUUUCAACCUGAUUGAUGAGGAAGUCCUUGUAGCUGAUUUUUCCUUGCUUAAUUUUUUUGAGCGUCCGGGCAGAUGCUAAUUCCGAUUAAAAUUAAACAAACUCCCCAAGUCCAUUAGAAUCUUUAAAGUUUCUAUAGGAUCACUUCUAGUUCUGCUUUGCUUUAGAGUUGUUAGCUCAAAUUUUCCAGUAUAGUAGUUCUCUCGUUUCCAUCGAAUAUAGGAGGCAUACAACUUUCUCACAAUCUGAAGAGAGUUAUCCUUAAUUGCUCCAUGAAGAUUAAACUAUUGGGCUUUUCCACUAUCUUUUUGAUGAGGGGCUGCGGGCUCCCAUCUUAGAUCACAAGAAAUCAGCACACCUACAUAAUUUUGCUAUGCAACGCCUCAACGCCAAUAAGAACAUUAUUCAGCAAGGGUUCUGGAUCUGGAUAGUUGCAAAAGAGGGCGAGUUAACUCACUGACACUAGGCCUCGCCUUAGCGGCCUUUAUGUCACCUCCAUUUGUUAAGGCGCAUUUUCCUCCCUGGGGGUCUCCCGCAGACAUCGCACCCGUUGGAUAAAUUGCAGGUGAGGUACUUCUCAACCUGGCCAUAUCAGGCCAGAUGUCCCCCAGUAUGGCUUGCCGUUGUUGACAAAAAGUUGGGCAGUGACAAAGCACAUGUUCAACCGCUUCGUCUGCAGCGUCGCACCACCUACACGUUGGGGUCUCAACAACAGCCAAGGUGUAAAGGUGUUUAUUUAGUCUACAGUGUCCUGAGUAAAUUCCUAUCAGUAGGCGGAGAUUUUCUCUUGACAACUGUAGUGUACCAGUUUGGCUCUUUUCCCGCUAGGAAGGUCGAUCAUUGAGCUGCCCUGCAUAGAGUUCUCUUAUGUUGAUGUGCGUCUUUCCCACGUGCCACUAAUGAAGAUUCCGUUUAUCUGCGCCCCCCAAUCGAUAUCUGAUGCAUCUGAAGUCACAAAGGAUCGUCUCCCGUAAACAGGCUAGAGCUACUGAGGGUAUCAAGAUUCUCCUUCUUUUCUGAAAGUUCGAGAGGAUGUUUGCUACUCUCUCUCUGUAGUGAUUUCGAAUGUAACCUUCCUAGAGGGAUCGUGAAAGAGACAAAGUUUAGUUUUCCCAACAACCUCUUUGCUAAC